AUCACUUGCAAAAAAAGGCGUGCUACGCCAAUGUUCGAAUGUCCCUGUAGUGCCACGCAGUCAUACGAGACAGAUCAGCAGACUUGAUACUGUGCAGGUGCAAUAUGUUGAUUAGUCUAAAGUGAUUAAGAAAGAUUAGAUUUCGUUAUAUCGUAUUAGUGAUAUUAAUACUAAGAAGUAUCACCAAGUGUGUGAGCGGAAUACGCCCAAGAAACGCCUCUAUUGCGAUAAGAGCAGUCGGUUUUAGCAAUCGGCAAUUGUAGCAGUGUUACGCUAGCUCUGAAUAAAACUUGCUGUGCAUAAAAUUAUUCUUAUUUAACAACCAUGGCAUUGCCAUUACCAUCAGCAUUGGAAACCUUGUUUAAAUUUAUAGAUGAUAAUAAGCAGGAAUAUAUAAAUAAUUUAAGAGAAGCAGUAGCUAUUAAAUCUGUAUCAGCAUGGCCGGAUCACAGAAAUGAGAUAGUGAAAAUGAUGAAAUGGGCGGAAACAAAAUUGAAAAAUCUUGGUGCAACCACAGAAUUGGUUGACGUAGGAAAACAAGCUUUGCCUAAUGGUAGUGAAAUUCCACUGCCUCCUGUGUUGCUUGGAAGCCUUGGAUCUGAUCUUAAGAAGAAAACUGUACUUUUAUAUGGACAUCUGGAUGUGCAGCCUGCAUUAAAGGAAGAUGGCUGGGAUACUGAACCUUUCACUCUUACUGAAAAAGAUGGAAAACUUUAUGGCCGAGGCAGUACUGAUGAUAAAGGUCCAGUUCUUUGUUGGAUACAUGCGUUGCAAGCUUAUAAAGCAACUGGGAUUGAUAUUCCUGUUAAUCUCAAGUUUGUCUUUGAAGGAAUGGAAGAAAGUGGAAGCGAGGGUUUAGAUGAGCUCCUUUGGGCAAAGAAAGAUAGCUUUUUAAAGAAUGUAGAUUAUGUCUGCAUAUCUGACAAUUACUGGCUGGGUACUAAAACACCGUGUAUUACUUAUGGUUUGCGAGGUAUCUGCUAUUUUACAGUAGAAGUUACUUGCGCUGUCAAGGACUUACAUAGUGGUACCUUUGGUGGAUGUGUGCAUGAAGCCAUGGCGGAUCUUAUUUACUUAAUGAAUACCUUGGUCGAUGUUAAUGGCCAAAUCUUGGUGGAUGGUCUUUAUGAGAAGGUGGCUAAAGUGACAGACGUCGAAUUAGCCUCUUAUAAGAAAAUAGAUUUUGAUGUGGAUGAAUUUAAAAAUACAAUUGGAGCUCAGCAAUUGGCGCAUAAAGAAGAUAAGAUUCAACUUUUAAUGCAUCGCUGGAGACAACCUAGCUUGUCUCUUCAUGGGAUAGAGGGUGCUUUCAGUGAACCAGGAGCGAAAACGGUCAUUCCUAGGAAAGUUAUUGGUAAAUUCUCAAUUAGGAUAGUGCCUCAUAUGACUCCGGAUGAGACAACUAAAAAAGUGAUUGCACACAUAAAUAAGAAAUGGCAAGCCAGAGGUAGUCCGAAUAUCAUGAAUGUCAGCAUGUUCCACGGUGGUAAACCGUGGUCUGAGAAUCCCGACCAUCCAAAUUAUAUAGCCGGUCGAAAAGCUACUCAACAUGUUUAUAAAGUAGAGCCCGAUCUUUCUCGCGAAGGCGGAUCGAUUCCAGUUACCCUGACAUUCCAGGAAGUUACUGGCAAAAACGUAUUACUUUUACCAGUUGGACAAGGCGACGACGGUGCGCAUUCUCAAAAUGAAAAAUUGAACAUACAUAACUACAUCCAAGGGACGAAAUUACUUGGGGCUUAUCUAUACGAGGUAGCUCAGGUAUAAAUACUUUUUCUUGUGCGUUUGUAUUGUAUGGAUUGUGACAGACUUACGUUAUAUUCCAUUCUUUGGUCUUAAAAAUUAUUUUUAAACAACACAUUAUAUUUCGUUUUUACGUUUUCAUAUAUUUAGUAUCAAUAUUUAGUAUC